CGUAAAAGAAGAAGCAUUAUCACGACAAUGCUUCUAAGGUGUUUAGUUUUACUUCUAUCGGUUGGUCAUAUACUUGCAUCUGAUUCAUGGCGUAAACCCGGUUGUCAUCGAAUUGGACACACUAGAAACAUUAGCAUACCGGAUUGUGUUCAAUUCAAAAUUACAACGAAUGCUUGCCGCGGAUUCUGCGAAUCGUGGUCACUACCUAGCAUCAUGCUGGGCUUCAAGCGACAUCCUGUUACCUCUCUCGGCCAGUGCUGCAAUAUUAUGGAGGCUGAAGAUGUCCCAGUAAAAGUCCUAUGCUUGGACGGUGAAAGGAAAUUAAUAUUCAAAUCCGCAGUCUCCUGUGCAUGUUAUCAUUGCCAAAAAGAAUAAUACGUAUAUACUUAUAACUGAAAACAUGUCUUCUAUACGUGCCUACAUUGAUGUGCCUCUCACGUAUCGGAUGUUACCUAGCUACUGUUAAGGGUAUCUUUUCAAUGGGGUAUUUCAGAGGUGCCAUUUCUCUAAACCUCCUACCUUAUAACCUAUUAUUUUAAUUCGAUAAUUUCGAGAAAUUACUAUUUUAUGUCCAGCAUAAAUUAUAUUAUAAUUAUUUUGACUUAAUACUAUUAGAAAUUUAGUUUACAUUGAUCCUUAGUAUAAAGCGAUAGCUGUAAUAUUAAAUUGAAAUUUUAAUUUGAAAGAUUGGUUUAGAGAACUAGUGCUUCAGAAUCGAUCCCAACGAUAACAAUACAUCGAUGGUUGUACCUACCUACAUAUGUAUAGUCGAUGUUACUAAUAAUAUUAAUUUUAUUUAUAAUCAUUUCAAUACGAUAAGCAUAAUUUGCGAUGUUUAGAAAUAAAUGAAUUUAUUUUAUUAAA